AUGAUUCGUUCAAGAUUUAUAUCUUCCAUCACAACACAACAAACUGAUGAUGAUUUAUUAAAGUUUUGUUGCAGAACUAUUUGGGUUUUCCCUAAAAGUAGAUGGAAUAAACGAAAGAAAAAUCGUCUCAGAUCGGUUGGGAUAAGAGGUGGUAGCAGUUCUAAAAGUGAUAAAUCUCCUUUGGAUGAUGAAGAAUGGGAAAUGUUGGAAGAUGGUGAACUUUUUAGAGAU